GUGUACGGAGAAUCAGACAGAGACAGUCACCCCAUCAUUUGGGCAGACGGAACGGGGCUCCAGUCCCUGGAGACUUCCCUGCAGUGCAGAAUGUGACAGUGGGCUUCCAAUGCGCAUAUUACAUGGUUUCGAAAGGCAGCAGAGAAUCGGAUUGGGGCACCGCUGAGGGCUGGGGUGGGGGUAAACCUACAGCGAGUAACAACGACUGGUGCUGCUUCAACCCGGGUCUAAGCUAAGGGGCCACCAUUCCUCAGUGCUUGAAGCAAGUAGCUGCGUCAGGACGUGCAAAAGCAAGUGAGGAAGACGGGUUCUGCGGCGAGGGUUUGAACCAGAAUGCAGGAAGACUGCUCCUCAGAUAAACAGGAUAAAGGACAGACUUGCCGGUGGAAAGCAAUAACAAAAAUGCUACUGUUCCGGUGUUAAUGUAACAGUCGCAGUAAUUUGGGGGCUCGAUAAGUGAUGACACCAGAAUUUUAUGUUCAUUUUUGUGUAUAUAGUGUGCCUGGAUGUGGCCACUUGCGCUGUGGGAAAGAGUGAUGCUAAACUUGCAUGCAAUUUUUAAUUAUUCUUUAGAACACCGGUAUGUCUGAGUGUGUACUGUGAAAAAGGGUUUGGAUUGCUCUUGACGGGCCCCCUCUCGUUUAACUGUGCAAGGGUUGUUUUUUCAGACCCAGUUCUAAAGAAUGAGUGGAAAAGAAGAGCAGAAACGCUGUGUUAGACGCAUCGUGUAAAAGAAGAUAUGGAUCAAAAUGCAUAGACUUUCAUCGGUUAUUACCUAAAGGCGCUAAGGUAUUUCCAGGUGUGUCACCACCCAUACCUGUCAGGUGCAAUCAGGGAUUUUCUAUCUCCGGAAAAGGAAGUCGGUUUUAUAUACUGUGCAGUUUUUGAAAAAAAAAAAAAAAGACAUCUAAUAACUGCCAUGGUUUGCAAAUGGGAUGAUCUGUUUAUUUUUGAAAGACCUGGACUGUGCAAAUAUAUAACAGAAAGGGAUCAAAUGAGAGCUGCGCUGGAAUAUAAGGUUCAGACAGAAGACGUCCUCAAUGCUCUGCUCUUAAGGCGAAUGACUGCCUUCGCUCAUCAACCUUCUGUUCUCUGUUGUUGGAAUUUGUAACAUGAGGAACUGUCACUGCACAUUUAUAAUUUCCUAAAACAGAGUAACAUCUAGUACUAUUUGGUAAUCGAAGUCACUGCUGCACACUGCUGUAACACAGGGACAAGUAACAUCAAGUAAAUGCCGUUUAAAUAACAUUGAAUCGGAUUUGUGAGCGGUGGAAGAAGCGAACUGAAGAAGGACGCAUUAUUGUUUAAAACGUUCUGGUUGGACAAAUGAUUCAGGAUCUUUGAAGAUAUACUGGAGAGAUUAUGUUUCUCUGUUGAAAUGAUUUAGAACUAUAAGGCCAGAGGCUGUACCGACUGAGUCUGACAUCUGCCUGCAGUAACAGAACAGCCAGCUAAAUCUGGGGUCAAGGAAAUCAGGAAGCCGUCUGACAGCUUGACAAAUGUCCAUUGCAACUUUUCCUUGGGGAGUUUAUACCCAGCCUCAGUAGAUGAGCACGAAUGAACCUUAGUCUGGGCUUUUGUAGAUGGCUGACAUUUUACACAAGCCUGCUUCUAGCAUUUUGUGUCAACCAAUUGUAAUAUUAAGAAGAACAAAACAUGUGGCAAUGUGUUUAAACACUAAUUGCAUUGAGUAUUGGCUAUUGGCUGGAUCAGUAAUGGUGUCAAAGUCAGUGACAAGGCAUUGUCUUCCCCAUAUCAGUGUGCUUUAAGACCAGACAUCUGGUUGGCUUAUUAGCCAAAGAUAGACCACUGUUUAAGGAAGGUGUUUCUUAUUGUGGGUUUCUGUCUCGGCUUGAAUUUUGCACAGGUGGUGAAAACACGUUUGAUGGUUGAAACUAUGUCACGUCCAGGUUCAGCAGUAGUGAUUUCAGCCAAUGGCCUUGGUUUUCCCCUUCAGAACAUGGCACGGGUGGUAGUAUGGGAGUGGCUGAACGAGCACGGCAGGUGGAGGCCCUAUAGUGCCACUGUGUGUCAUCAUAUCGAGAAUGUCCUUAAGGGAGAUGCUAGAGGCAGUGUUGUAUUAGGACAAGUGGAUGGCCAGCUGGCUCCAUACAUCAUAGACUUACAGUCAAUGCAUCAGUUCCGACAGGACACAGGAACAAUGCGUCCUGUUCGAAGAAAUUUUUAUGACCCUUCUUCUGCUCCCGGAAAGGGGAUUGUAUGGGAAUGGGAGAAUGACAAUGGAUCCUGGACCCCUUAUGAUAUGGAUAUCUGUAUUACAAUUCAAAAUGCAUAUGAGAAGCAACACCCUUGGUUAGACCUCACCUCCCUGGGCUUCUGCUAUAUCAUUGAUUUUAACAGCAUGUCACAGAUGAAUCGUCAGACACAGCGCAAACGUCGCCUUCGACGCAGAAUGGACCUCGCCUAUCCUCUGACCAUGGGAUCCAUUCCAAAAUCCCAGUCUUGGCCUGUUGGUACCAGCUCUGGUCAGCCCUGCUCUUGCCAGCAGUGCCUUCUUGUCAACAGCACCAGAGCUGCCUCCAAUGCUAUCCUGGCAUCCCAACGACGGAAGAUAUACCUUGGCAAUGGUAAUGGCACAAUGGUGGUACGUCAGAGCAACACAUUCAAUGGGAUGGCAUCUUGGUCUGCAGCUAAUUCAAUGGCUACUGGUACCAUGAAGGCGGAACAAGUCAGAUCGCCAUCUGGGACACAGCUCUCUCCCAUUUCCAGAGGUCAGACUGCUCCAGCAGUAACCCAUAUCCCAGGGCAGAACAACUUGAAUAGGCCUGGAACUCAGAGGACAGCAGUGGUCACUACAAGGGCAGCAAUCCCUCCUGGAGUUCCUGCCCUCCCUGUAAAGAACCUCAGUGGAUCUGGUCCUAUUCACCCUGCACUGGCAGGAAUGACUGGCAUUCUAAUGUCUGCCGCUGGCUUACCAGUAUGUUUGACCCGUGCACCUAAACCCAUCCUGCACCCUCCGCCUGUUAACAAAAGUGACAUAAAGCCCGUUCCAGGUGUUAGUGGUGUCUGCCGGAAAACCAAGAAGAAGCACCUUAAAAAAGGUAAAAGUCCUGAGGAUGUGGUACGAAGGUAUGCACAUAAAGUAAAGAACCCGCCAGAUGAGGACUGUACAAUCUGCAUGGAGAGACUCGUUACUUCUUCCGGGUAUGAAGGAGUGCUCAGCCACCGUGGGGUCAAGUCUGAGCUGGUUGGCAAGCUUGGCAAAUGUGGACACAUGUACCAUCUGCUGUGCCUGGUAGCAAUGUACAACAAUGGAAACAAGGAUGGAAGCCUGCAGUGCCCAACUUGCAAAGCAAUUUAUGGAGAAAAAACAGGAACCCAACCCCCAGGGAAGAUGGAGUUCCAUGUUAUCCCCCACUCCUUACCUGGAUAUCCAGAGUGCAGGACCAUUCGCAUUGUGUAUGACAUACCUGCUGGAAUUCAAGGACCUGAACAUCCAAACCCAGGAAAAAAGUUCACAGCCAGAGGCUUUCCACGACAUUGUUAUUUGCCAGAUACAGUAAAAGGACGAAAGGUGCUCAAACUUCUGAUUAUGGCAUGGGAACGCAGAUUGAUAUUUACCAUUGGGACUUCUAACACUACUGGUGAAGUGGAUACAGUGGUGUGGAACGAAAUUCACCAUAAGACAGAGUUCGGCUCCAACCUCACUGGGCAUGGUUACCCAGAUCCAAAUUAUCUGGAAAAUGUCAUUACAGAAUUGGCUGCGCAGGGCAUCAAUGAUGACUCGAUCAAAGACUGAAGGGAACCAGCAGGAGGAAACACGGCAUAUCGAUUGAAGGGGCUAGUGUACACGUGACCCUGAGAAAAGAAUUUAUGAAUGUCUUUGAGAAGAAUAUGCAAUGAAAAUGAAAAAGCAUACAAAGAACAUUUGAUUUUGCUUCUUUUUAAUUGCUGCCUUGACUUUUUACUUUUGUAUAUUUCAUUUCAGGCCAGUUGGAAUCAGUUCGAGUCUGGUUGGGUCACUGUUGCCAGCAGCAACAUAGCUAGCUGCUUCUGUCAGUUCCUGCCUCUGACUUCCUGCAUCAAGGGUGGCAUAACACAGCUGCCUCUGUCAGUUCCUGCCUCCCAGUACCCAUAUUAAUGGAGGCGUAACAAAGCUGCAUCUCUCAGUUCCAGCUUCUGACUGCCUAUGUCAAGUUGGAAUAAAAAGAGAUUGGAGAAGCCCUCUGUUUGCUUGAAACAUGAUGAGGUGAAUUGGUUAGCAGAAGAGGGGUAGCACAUUAUAGAUUUCUGAUAUUAUGAACUGGAUUUUAUAAAAAAAAAUAAGUAUAAUCACUAUAUUAUGUAUCUGUAUGUGUCUGCUGUGUCAUACUGUCUAAUAUUACCUGAACGUUUUACAGGUAUUUAUGAAAGCAUUGGGAACCUACCUGAUUGUGAGGCCCUUGUUUUCAAUUCAGUUUACUAUUAAUAUUAAUACACAAUGAAGUUUAUCAGAUUAAAUACUUUGGGAAAAGCAUGUAGCACUGGUAAUUAAAAAGACAUGGGUAGAUGAGCUACAUAGUCAGGGGUGAAUAUGACAGAUUGUAGUUGUCUUCAUGCCUUCACUAAAAUGUAAAAGAAUUUGAUUGUAUUUGUGUGGAGGUUGGAAAAUGUAUUUCUUGUGGAAAGAUGAUGCCCUUCUUUCUUGUACAAGACUUAAGGUGGGGCAUUGGUUUGUAAAAGAUAUAGUAGGUCAGAGACAUGAGACUAUAAUCUUCAAAGUCAGCAUGAAAAAAAGGAGUUAACCUCUUUGAGAAGCAAUCCUCCCAGUUACAGAGAUGCUAAAAGCUCAUCCUUUGUCUUUGUAUGAGCACUUGAAUCUCUUGCAGCCCUUUUGUCCAGACUUAUCAAUUUUAUGACUACUUGGUAUCUGCAAAUGUGCGAGAGGGAAUAUGGGCACAAGAAAGCACCUUUCUUUCUCUUUGACAAAGAAAUGGGAAUCGGAAAUUUUGUUUCAAUUCAGUGUGUUUGCAGAAAUAGAGCAUUGUGUAUGCCAGAACAGAGAAAAGCCAGUGCUUUCUUAUUCAGGGCUGGGAUUCAGUAGAGGUCACCUUUUGUCAGUGUUACUUUAGCCAACUGUGUAUUCACAGGGAUUUCAGUUAUAAAGGAUUUGCUCCCUGUCCUUCUGUUUCUGACAAACUAUUGGAAGCCAUCUUUCUCCUAUGCGUGCUGAUUCAGUUCUUUGCACUUACAGGAACAGAUGAAUAUUUGUUUCAGGAAAGUUGUUAAAAAGGACUAUGUACCAUGCUUUCAUUUUUAGCAGUAUUUGUCCUGCAUAAGUAAUGGGAUAUAACAAGGUGCUGGAUAUUACACAUGACUCAAGAUGAUUGUACAUAAUAUGACUUAGUGAGAGUUACGUUUAGCUACAGGGACACAGCUGACAAGCUGUGACCCGUGCCUUUCAGUGUUUCAUUGUAAUUAAAAAUGGGUGCUCAGCAGCAAACAUCAGUUGCCAUGAAGGGUUAAGAUCACUAGUUAUAUUUCACUUAGAUUUUUUUCUGAGAAGCAGGUUAAAAUGGUUUCUGCCAUAGCAGUGAAACAGGUUGUAGUCUGUAUGCUUCCUUUCAAUUUUUUGUCUUUUCCAACAACAUUCACUGCAGUAUUUAACAGGCAUUUGAGGAAUAUUUAUUAAUAUCUGCAGCAUUAUUUUGUAUUAUGUAAAUGUGUUAAGGCUGUUGACCUUUGGUUUUGCGGAAUGAAAUUUACUCUUUGUAUUAACUGACAAAUCACUGUUGGAGACUACUUCUUAUUUGUUCUGAUGGCUCUUUUGGUCGUUUGUAUUUACAGACGUCCUGCACAUUUUAUCAUGUAACUGUAGCUAACAUUUCAACUGUUUUCUCACUCACUUUUCCUGUAAGGUAGACUCCUUUAUGAAUACCAUGUAGUUGUUUGGGAUGUUUUCUUUUAAGAUUGCUAUUUGUAAUGCAGCUACUUCAAUGCUGUUUCCUAUAAGACACUUCCUGUUGAUACACUCACUUCAGGGCUUAAAUUCCUUCUUUCUGGUUCCUAGAUUUCAGACAUCUGAUAAGAAUAUGUUUUCUUUUCACUGACUUUUUCCUGUUCAGACAAAAGUGUGCUUCCCUCAAGUUCUUCACAAAGAUAAUCACUUUGAAGAUUUUAUUUUUUUCUUCUUUUUUUUUUUUUUGUUAACUGCUUUUUCUAAUAGUUAUUUCAGGGUUAUGUCUUUUUUUGGAUGCUAGCAUUAUUUAUUGGACUCCUUUGCAUUUCACCCAGGUGGUAUGUUUAAAUGCAACCACUUCAGGCCUUUGUUUCCUUAUUACCAGCUACCACUUGUAGUACAGGGUCUUUACUCAUUUUGGUGAGAUGCCCAUUUUAAUUGCAAGUACAGUAGCUUUAUGACUUUUUUCUACCCAGUAAAAUGUGUAUUUUAGUACAGCCACUUCAGAAUGUUAGUCAUUUUUGUUAGCUUUUCAUUGCGUUUGAUUUUCUUUCCAGCAGAUUGCUGUUACAUUCACAGCUGUUUGAGGGACCGUGUUUUGUAUGAAUGGAUGUAAGUUUGCCUGAACUUACACUGAGACAGGCCAUUAUGAUUUAUAAUUGUCAGGAUGACACUGGCCGAAGGAGGGACUUAACACUUGUGACACUGUUUUAACUGUGAGCAAGGCCACAAGGCUACCCAUAUUGAGGACUAGUAUAUAAUAAAAAUGUUUAUAUGGUUGAAAUUCAGUGAAAUACAACAAAAUAUCAAUAUUUGUCAUCUGAUCUGUGAUGUUUCAUCUGAAGACUGACUGACUCUUUUCCAAAAAAAUGCCAUCUUGUUGAGGCCGAAGUCCCCCUUCACCCCAAUAUUUUUCAUAUUUAACUCCCAAACUGCCAACUCUCACAGCAAAUGUAAAUAAAAAUAGUCAUGCUCACACUUUGUUGGGGCUUGUACGAUCAUCAUCAUGGGAGAUUUCACCUUUUUUCUCCAUAGCAGUGUAACCAUGGAGUUGGUAUGUAUAAUUUAGGGAAAGAUGAGGUGGGGCUGCAAGCACUCAUUUGCACUAUGUCAGUUUUUAACCUGGGUGCAUGCAGUUUCUUGGUUGUCAUAGUCCUGACAAACUCAAGAUGCUUUACCAUUUUGUACUAUCUGCUUAUAUUUUCAGUCCCUCAUAAAGUGUCUUACUUCAUUCAACCCCAGACCAUAUCAUUAGUAAAAAAAAAUAAAUAAAUCCUGUUUUGACUUCCCAUAGUUCUGCUAACAAAAACACUACACACUAGUUGUGAAAGAUGCAAAAAAAUGCGCUGUUUUCUAAGAAAGGCAUUGGAGAGUAAAUUCCACUUUUCUUAAGCGCUCUGGCCUUGGAGUUGACUAUGAUAAGUAACUGGAUAGAGGGAGCCCCCCCACACACGCACACACACACACACAGAAAUGUGUUUUGAAUUCUAUUGCAAAUUGGCAGAUUGUUGGAUUUCAGUGACAUGCAGAUCCUGAACUAAUUUCAUCUGUGUUUGAAACAUGAAAUUGCAAAACCGCUUUCAAACGGUAGUCAGAUCCUGGAAUUUAAUCUCAGGAAUGAAAAUCCUUCUUUAAUAAAGUAUUUGUUAGUGGAGAAGUUUAAUACUUGCAGUCAGGUGUAUGUACAGUUAAUGUAUGUGGGCCAGUUUCUAUUUACUAAGUGAUUAUUUUACCUCUUAGGUAAUUGUAGCUACUAGUUCUAAAAUUAACACAAUGCACAAUAUAGUCAGUUCAACAUUUUUAGUAUGAUUUAUUUAAGUGUGAUAUUGGCAGUGGUAGAUCCAAUAGUCAUAAAAAUGGGGAACUAAUGAAAACUGAAAGACGUAAGAAUUAAUUAUAGGCCAUUACUGCAGAAUUUGUCUGGGUGUCACUAUCUGUGCUGCUUCUAUCACCUAACUGUAACUGAGAUUCUGAGGAGGUUUUAUGGUGAAAAUAUUAAAGAACAAAAGUGCUUAAUCUUAGGACUGUCGAGGUUUGUCCUUUGGAACUUGAUAUUUUGUUUCACUUCUGUUUUGUUCCCCUCUGUUUUUGGUUUGAAUUUUUAUCACCUAACUGUAGUUCCUGUCUUUCCCAUUUUUGUAUGAACGCUGAGCAAAAGCUGCUUAAUUGGAAACAAUAGCCCUUCAAUCUUGUCUUAAUCUACACUGGCACAAAGAUUUGUUAUUGUAAUAUACUGGCAAUACUUUAUUAAUGGGAUGAUAUUUUGAAACAUAGUCCUGAAAACCUCCUGGCUGCCUUUGCAAACCUGUAAGCCCUGCCAUGCUAAAUCUGGACUAAUUCAGCCUCUGAUGAACUCCAACAAUAUGGCUAGCAGAGUGGUUUUACAUUAAGUAACAUGAUUGCAUGCUUAAACUGACCCACUAGGCUUGCAUAAUAAAAGUAGGUUAACGUAUCUGACUGUACCUCAACUAUUCUGCCAAAUCAUAUAUCCUCACCACAGCAAGUUAAAUGCAACAAACUUGCAAAUAGAAAGGUGCACACUACACUUUGUACCUUGUCUGUACAAUAUAUUAAUAUAGUUUCAAACCCAAUCCCUCUACCAUCCUAAACAUAUAUGGUACUCUGCAUUCACAUACCCGUAGCUGUCCGUAUAUUGAUAUUUGCAUGUUUUAAUUAAAAAACAAUACAAAAUAUAUUCUCCCUUAAUACUUUUGAUCCAUGCUAGGGUUCAGCUGUAUGCUUACUCUGGAGUCUGCAGUUCUUUCCUAUUUCACAGAAUGUCUAUGUUCCCCUUACACUUUUCAAUGAAAAAUGCUACUGUUGAAACUGAAAAAACUUCAGUCUCCUGGGCAAGCUGAGCACCAGUGCAGUUUUCACCUGCUGAAGCUAAAUUAUCACUUACUAUGGGCACACUGCCUCAGACACUCGCAUGGUCUGUAGCUGCUACAGUUAUUGUCGUAUUUCUGUAAGUUGCUCCAGAUGAAACUUGAGGCAGUCCAUAAUGCUCAUUCAGGUGUAGAGUCCAGGAAGAAUAAUUCAUAGAGUUACCAGUCCAAACACACCUACUCUGAGGCAAAUCAGCACAUCACAUGCUGCAGAAUCAAGAAUGCAGGCCUUAAAAAAAAAAAAAAAAAAAAAGACUGCAGGCCUUCUGUACUGGCUCCUCCCUGAAGACCAGGCUCAUAUUGCUGCUUCUAUUAAUUUAUCGCUUACAGCCAUUACGCGAGUCAGGUCAUCCUUGACAUCUGCACCUUCCUCAAAGCCUGACUCCUUAGGGUUGUAGCAGUGGAGAUAUGAUCUCAUACCUACUUUGUGACUGGAUGUCAGGUAGAAUGUGAAGCUAGCACCAUCCACACAUCUUAUGACCCAUGGGAUGGCACCUAGUGGUGCUGCUCAGAAGCUCAAGGUUUGGUAUUUGUAUUUCAGAAGUGGAAAUGUUCUUAUGGGGUUUGCUCAUCAGGUCUGUCUCUUCAUCAACAAAUUACUGUUGCUAGCCAGUAUCAUAGACACUGUAUACCCAAGCGCUCCCAUGUGACUCCUUCCAUGUGGUUCUCUGUCACAGUUUUAGCUGUGAUUUAUUUUCAGAAUCUUUCAAUGUGUGAAAAGUGAAUAAAUAUGUCUAUGAUAGCAGUUUGCUCCAGACUGCAACUCAGAAGACAAUGCCAGUCAUGUUCUGAUGGUGCCUGACUUGACACCAGUUAUGUCAAUGCUGGUUCCUCUACUGACGCUGGUAAUUUGGAUAUCAUUCCCUCCAUCCUGACCUGCUGCUGCCUGCUUCUCAGUUUUUAAACUCUGUUCCAGUAAUGGAUGUACUCUCCCUUUUAUUGUAAAUGUUUUUUUAGUUACCAAGACUGAGAACUCAGAGGUCCUUCCUACAGCAAUUGACAAGAGUGUUAAACCAUUUUCUUCCAGUAUUUCUCCUUUGGCUUCUCCUCAUAAUGAUAAACUGCCUUAAACUACCCAGGAGAGCGAUUUUCCCCUUCAAAGAAGCAUUAUGACACCAGUCCCACAAGUAUGAAAUCUUGAAUAUUUUUUUAUCUGGAGCCAGUUAUGAGAAAUGCCUUUUUCAGAAACUUAAAAAACACCCAGGUUACAGUCCAUCUGUCCUCAGUAAUACUGAGUAAUUGUAGAUUUGCUAUGCUAAUUCUUAUAUCUUGCCCUAUGGCUGAAAACAGUCCCUGAACCCUGUCACUUAUCCAGUCAGGAAACAAAUCAAUCAAUAAAACAGAGAAAGGCCUCUGCUUUGUGAAGAAUUUCUGUGCCCUUACUGGCUGGCCUUAUGAUGAAGGCAUGUAUAAGAGACACCUCGGCGUCACUAGAAGAAGGAUAUUAAAUGUCAAGUUAGCAUCUCUGUUCUGAUCCUCCUGCCAAAUUCAUGUUCAGUCUUUUUGCUAUGACACUUCAGGGCCCCAUCAGCAAGAUGAACAGAGCCCUGCGGUAGCAAACUAGGCAUGGUUUCACACUUCUUAUCCUGGCAGAAAAGCUGUCACUAAUAGAAUCAGUUAUAUCCAUUGUUUGUAGAAAACUCACAUUUGGGCUGUAUCUCUUUUGAGUUGGCUAGCUCCUUUUACAUCUUCAGUUUUCCCUUGGAAAUUAGUAAAUAUCUGUGAAGAACUCAAGGCUCAGACCUGAUACCAGUCUCAUGCUUCAAAAUAGGGCCUUAAGAGUAGGCUGUCAACUAUAAUGUGUAUGGCUAUGUGCUCAGCUGUUAUCGGUUCCCAAAAAAUGGAAGGGAAGGCUCAGACUAAUUCAGAAAUUGAGAACUGUAAGUAUACAUACUCUACAAGCUGCCCUUCUCAUCUUUUUCAUAGAACUGCUGAAUUGGUUCAAUACAUUUAAUGGAUGCCUCCUAAAACAUCACAACCUUGUACACAGGAAAUUCCUCUACUUUUCCCAGAGUUCAUAGCACUUCCCAUAUAGAAUGCUUCUCAUUGGUCUUUCAUCUGCUCUUUGACUGUAGGAGUAGCCUUACAACACAUGCAUUUCUCAGUGUCUCUGCUGCUGGAGGCCUCCUCUUAAAGCUUUCUAGUCUUGGAACUCUUAGCGGUCAUAUUGUGGGCUCAGCUCUUAUUUACUUUCCACAGAAGUCUGGAUAUCACAUUGAUAAAGAUUCUAUCGAGUUCAAAUUGGAGUGGGACCUUCAUGCAACAGGUGAGCAGUUAGGGGUUUAUUGAGUCAAAUUUCAUAUAAAAGCAGAGUUCAGGUAGGUAUACUUUCAACAGUGUGGUCCACCUGUCCAGCUAGACGUGUGGGUACAUGAGUGAAUUCUUCGUUAUCAAAAGCCAGAGUCAUCCUCACCUCUCAGAUCUCCCCACAAUAUCAGCUCAUUUGCUUGAUGGGCCUAUCUUCCUAGUAUUGUGAUGGGCAUGCAGUUCUUCCCUUCAGAUCUUAAGUAAAGCCUGACACUAUCCUGGAUGAGCUCACAUCUUCACAGGAAUGAAUUUCACACAGGAGAUUGAUUGUACAUUAUCUCAUUGAUCCAUUAUGUUUGUCAGUCUCUGGAAGUCUGUCUGUCCCAGAGCCAUUCUUGUCUGUGUAAGGGAACUGGUCUGUAGUGAGAUAACUACACAAGCAGAAUGGAAACGGCUCCUACUUAUGAUAAUACUAGUAUCCCUCAAAUGGUAGCCUUGUUCUGGACACAGCAGUCCUUGCCAUGUCCUUUUCUUGCCAAUGUUUGUAACCAAUACAUGUUCCACUGUUGCUCUUUUGCUUAUCCAAGGAAUCUUUUGUUUGCUAGACAGCAGCAGGCUGUUCCUGCUGGUAUCAAAUUUACAAGCUGCAUGGAAUUCUUUCAUUAAUAUCAGUGUUGCUGCCAUGAUAUUGGUAGAACAGAUAUAGCCUCCAACAGUAAGUGCCAUGGGAUCUUCCUCAUCUAUAUCUUUAGUUAGCUAGGGUGAGGAAGAAGAGGCAUUUUGUUUUCCCAGAAGGGAAGCACUUCAGCAGUGUACCUGCUGGUCCCAUGAGUUGCACUGCUUAGGGUGUCAUUUGUGGCUGUUUAAAAUGUUCUUAGAUAUGGGCCAUGCCACUUUAUGUGGCAGUUUGUCCCACUGUAUCACCGCUCCUUGAAAAAAUAUGCAUAAGUGUUCUGCACGAGCCAUUCUUUGAUGAGAUGAGGUAUCAGAGUCGGUCAUCUUUGUGUUUGUUGACAAGGCUACAGUUCCAUCCUCACUGUUUACAGUGCAUAUAUUUGUCCUUUCAUAGCAUGCCACACCUUUUCUGUCACAUCCUAUAUUCUUUUGUUUACAUUAAACCCGUUCUCAUAUUUUAAACAAAACUGAAAUCUUCUGAUGUAGCAUUGCAUCAGUCUGUACAUCCAGGAUAGGGCCCAUAUGGAAUCCAAGACUGUAGAGGUCUAUGAAGAAGUCUUCAGCAACAAUCUGUCCAGUCUGGAAGCACCAAAUGUCUCUUGUGAUGUAAGACCACCAUAAAUACAAAGGAUUUUGAUCAGGUCUCCAGUCAUAACCAACUUAUAUGUGUUUGAGACAUGGAUGCAUCCAUGUCAAGAACAUAUAAUGGUUAAGAUCAUAAUUCUUUGAAGUGCAUGGAGAUCUGUCUGUUCCAUGUACUACCACUUACAGAAAAAAGUACAGGAGUGCAAACUGUUUUAUUGGCUUUCAAUGAAAAAAAAGAAUAUGCCACUAUUUUGUCUCAGAAAAGACUGUAUUUAUUAUAUGUUGCAGUUCACUUAUUAAUGAAAAUGUUACCCUCCUUGAUCUUGUCAAAUACUGUUGCACAUGGAAGAUUUUUCUCUGCUUUGUGAAUCUACUUGCAUUGUGAGGUCUGUGAAAAUAACCAAAUAAAAAGUGUAGCGUCAUGACACCGCCAAAGCCCAAUAAAACAGUAAUGCUAAGAGCCAGGAUCCAAAAGGACUCUGAAAAAUUAAAAACUCCAAAAAAUUAAAAAAAUGGACAUUUAUUAUUGAGCGCUAUCAUCCUUACACAAGAAGAACUUCAUCAGAAUGCCCCAAAAACACCAGUCUUUUAAAUACACUCAUAAACCACUAUAGUUGAAUAAUUGAACCUAAAAUGCUUAAAGAUACACUACGUGUAGAAAAACAGAUUGUCAUUGUAUAGUACAUAAAACUACAUUCUUAAAACAAAUUGAUAAGAUACAAUGAGUUCACAAGGAAGAUGUCAAUAAAAUAUAAUCUGAAAAUAAAUGGCAAAAACAUAAAUAUAUAAAAAAGCAGUAAGACAAUAAAUGUGCAACUUGACUAUAAUGGUCUACAAUUUGGCUGACCUCAGUGAUAAAACAGGCUGAACAAAAACAUGCUUAUUAAUGGGAAACUUGUUGCUUGCAAUCUAAGUUGCCACCUCAACUCUGAUUUCUAUGGAAAGCUUCAUGUCACCACCAGGACCAGCCUUUGGUCAACUGGUGCCCUAGGCUAAAGGGCUCCACAGUGCCCCCCACACCACUUGGUGUCCCCAUGCUGGCAUACCUGCAUCAUACAGAUUACUGGAAAAGCGCCCCUGCUAGAGUGGCGCCCUAAGCGGCCGCCUAGUUGGCCUAUAUCUAAGGCCGGCUAUGGUCACCCCCCACCAUGGGGAUUGAGUUUGAUGUGCUCAAGAAUAGCAAACUUAAAUUUGUCUUCUAUGUUUUCAUCUCAAACCAGUAUCAUAAUGAUUCUGUUUGAUGCUGCUGAAGUUGGUAACCACAACAAAAUUCCUCCAUGGUUUCUUGUUUUUUUACAUCAAAGGUUUUAGCCCAACAAUUGUUUCAUACCCUCAGAGCUGUGGAUGAUUGCAGAGAUAUCCAUUAUGAAAAUCCUAGUUCUUCACAAAACAGGCAGACUUCACUGAAAUCCUCUAUUGAAAUAAUGGUUUGAAGGCAUGUGUUUUGCAGUGCAGCAGUCUUGCCCUAUUGUGUCUUGAAACAGACAGACUGAAACAGUGUUUGUAAUAAGGUGCAACGUAUGAUCUACUGUUCUUCAUCAGCAGAGGUAUUCAGUGGUUGACUGGACUUUGACCUUUGCGCAUGUCUGUUUUCUUCUUUUAAUUCCUGUGAGCUCUUAGCUCACUGUUGGAGAGGUAUUUCUGUUUAUCCAUCCCAAGUGCCAUUAAUGUUAUCUUUACAGUGCAUAUAUUGAUGUUUUAUUAUGACUGGCACUGAAGAGCAUGUAAUGUCUGGAACAAAUGAAGCAAGUAAGGAAAAGAUCUCAAAUACUGUAUCAUUGUCUUCUUCUGUUACUGUCAUGGUUUUUAUAAGCUGUAAAAAGCUGUUCCUUGGAACUCACUACAGCAAGUCUUCUGGAAUGUCCAUGGUGAUACAUCCUCAGAGUCCAAACUCAGUAUCAGCACUAAUCCUUUGUGAGUCGAGCCAUACUCCUGAAUAGUUCCAGCUUCUGUUUCAUACUUCACACCUUCUAUUAUUUGCGACAGGAGUUCUUUCUUUGCUCAUCCUGCUGUGGAACUUUCAGUGUUAUUCCGAACUACAAACCUCUCCCCUAGCUUGACCCAUGUUAAAACCCAUUCCUAGGUUGGU